ACCCCAUUAGUGCGAGCUGACGUCCGCCAUCUUGUUUUGUGGCUCAUCUUGCGUUUUUCAUAUCCUCAAAACUGAAGCGAUUUUUACCCAUUUGUAGGAGUUUUGGACACCGCUUACUACAGUAGACUUACAGUGAUGGCUGGGUUCAUGCGUCUGCCACAUAGUAAAGAGCUUCAUACGGAACAAACUGCGAACGAGACGCUCAUCAAUGAGGAGCCGACAUGAGACACUGCAUGGCAACAGGAUGGACAAGAGAACGUGCUGUGCCAGGAAACGUACAGUGAGGACCAGGAAACAUACGACUACCAACCAACCGGACAUCCAUGGAACGAGAAUUAUAGUUGGGAGCAGACAACAGACACGGGACGGCAGCAGGACAAGGAAAGGGACGUUCCAAACGACGAAAGGUUCGGUGUAAAAGCAGAAAUAGAGGAGUCCGGCUGUGAGGUUUCAACUGAAGAACUGUGUACUGGGUAUCCUGGGAAGGAGAUGGACAAUCCUGGACACCAUGGGAAGGAGAGUGACAGCAGGGAGACCCAGACAACAGACAUGGGCCUGCAGCAGGAAACGUGUGAUGUGAACUUUCCCCAACCUGACAACACAUCAACCUCACAGGUACAGGAGAGCAAAGGUGAUAUGGGAAGGCAUGUGGUUAAAAACACUAGUGAGAAACGCUACAUGUGUGGGGAGUGUGGGUACAUGACAGCUAAAAAGUGCCACUUAUCCCAGCACAUGAGAACCCACACAGGAGAAAAACCUUUCAAGUGUGACCAGUGUGACUAUUCUGCGGCACAGAAAGUCCAUUUGGACUCCCAUCUAGCAAAACACACUGGAGAGAAACCCUACAUGUGUGGGGAGUGUGGGUACAGAGGAGCUAAAAAGUCACACUUGUUGGUACAUAUGAGAGGUCAUACUGGAGUAAGACCUUACCAGUGUGACUAUUCUGCUGCACAGAAAUCCACCUUGGACCAACAUAUAAUGAGACACACUGGUGAGAAACCCUACAUGUGUGGGGAGUGUGGCUACAGAACAACAACAAAGUCUAACUUAUCCCGGCAUAUGAGAACCCAUACCGGUGAAAAACCCUUCAAGUGUGACCAGUGCGACUAUUCUGCUGCACAUAAAUCCGCCUUGGACCACCAUUUAAGAAAACACAGUGGAGAGAAACCCUACAUGUGUGGGGAGUGUGGGUACAGGACGGCUUACAAGUCUGCAUUAUCCGUACAUGUAAAAAUCCAUACAAAAGAGAAACCCUACAAGUGUGACCAGUGCGACUAUUCUGCGGCACGGAAACCCCACCUGGAUCACCAUAUGGCAGCAAAACACACUGGUGAGAAACCCUACAUGUGUGGGGAGUGUGGAUACAGGACAGCUCUUAAGUAUACAUUAUCUGUACAUGUAAGAACCCACACAGGAGAAAAACCCUACAAAUGUGACCAGUGUGACUAUUCUGCUACACGGAAAUCGAAUUUAGACCAACAUUUAGCAAAACACACGGGUGAGAAACCCUACAUGUGUGGGGAAUGUGGGUACAGGACAACUCAAAAGUCUCACCUAUCCCAACAUAUGAGAAUCCAUACAGGGGAAAAACCCUUCAAGUGUGACCAUUGUGACUAUUCUACAGCAGUGAAAUCCCUCCUAGUCAGUCACUUAUUAAGAAAACACGCUGGUGAGGAACAUGUGUAAUGUACAACACACAACCUUGUCCCUUUGACGCUUUAAAAUUUGUAUGGUAGAAGUAACUGUUAAGUCUGUACCCGGGCCCUAUAAGUUAUAACUGCUUUUAUGAUUAGCUGCCAUAAACUCCAUAUUGAAACAGGAAGACAUACUCGCACCCCUCUGGAACAAAGACUGUGCAAACAUUGUAAUUUAGAUAGAAUAGAGGACGAACGCCAUUUUGUAGUAGAGUGUAGAUU